AACCGGAGCCAGGGGAGAGCCCGGGACCCGGAAUCCCACGAAGACAAGAUGCUGAGCUCCUCCCUGACCCCUCAGAAUGGCACCUGGGCAGAGACCUUCACUCUGCUCUUGGCUCUUGCCGUUGCCCUGUACUUGGGCUACUACUGGACAUGUGUGUCCCAGAGGCCUCGACUGGUGGCUGGGCCCCAGUUUCUGGCCUUCCUGGAGCAACACUGUUCAGUCACCGUGGAGACUUUCUACCCUACACCAUGGUGUUUUGAGGCACGGCUACAAAGCAUCUUCCGAGUCUUCCUGCAGUCCCAGCCCCUAGUCCCUUACUGGAGUGAAGUCCUCCAAACACCAGAUGGGGGCCAGGUCCUACUAGACUGGGCUGAACAGCCUGACAGCAGUCAAUACCCUGACCCUACCACUCAGCCCAUUGUGUUGCUGCUUCCUGGCAUCACCGGCAGUAGCCAGGAGUCAUACAUCUUGAACCUAGUUAGCCAAGCUUUGAGGGACGGCUAUAGGGCUGUCGUGUUUAAUAACCGGGGCUGCCGAGGCGAAGAACUGCUGACCCACAGGGCCUAUUGUGCCAGCAAUACGGAAGAUCUAGAGACAGUUGUGAACCACAUAAAGAACCGCUACUCCCAAGCUCCACUGCUGGCUGUGGGCAUCUCUUUUGGAGGGAUACUGGUGCUGAACCACCUGGCCCAGACCGGGAAGGCUGCAGGGUUGGUGGCAGCACUGACUCUGUCUGCAUGCUGGGAUUCCUUUGAGACCACUCACUCCCUGGAGACCCCACUCAACUCACUGCUCUUCAAUCAGCCCCUCACUGCUGGGCUCUGCCGACUUGUGGACCGAAAUAGAAAGGUGAUUGAAAAGGUGGUGGAUGUAGACUUUGUACUACAGGCCCGCACAAUCCGCCAGAUUGAUGAGCGCUACACAUCUGUGGCCUUUGGAUAUCAGGACUGUGUUGCCUACUACCAAGCAGCGAGCCCAAGAACCAAGGUAGAUGCCAUCCAGAUCCCUGUGCUCUGCCUCAAUGCAGCAGAUGACCCAUUCUCCCCAGCCCAUGCCCUCCCCGUACAGGCUGCCCACCACUCUCCCCACGUUGCACUGCUCAUAACAGCACGGGGUGGCCACAUCGGCUUCCUGGAAGGGCUGCUCCCGUGGCAGCACUGCUACAUGAGCCGCCUCUUGCAUCAGUAUGCCAGAGCCAUCUUCCAGCACCGAGCGGAGCUGCUUGACCUCAAGGCUCUCUCACCUUCUGAGGACAGAAACAGCUGACAAGAGUACCGUUUGGGGUCUCAGUUCAGUCUUCCCUUGUUUAUUAAAUAUCAACUUUUCCUGUCUAA